CCCAAACAACAGUUGUCCAAACUAGGAGAGUCGGCACACAAGCAAAUCAUAAUGCCAAAUCUCUGCAAACAUCGUCAACUCAAACAAGUGAAGACUUCUGUGAACCUGGGCCACAGCACUCAGGCAUUCAAUGGGAACCAAAACGGUGCUCUACACCAGUUAUGAAUGAUGUGACAGAGACCACUAUCGGUGACACUGACAAUCCAGCAGACACCACCUAUGUACCACAACACGACAGCCUUCUUGGUGAUAGCCCUCAAGCCAGCAGUGUCAGUCCCCAGGAGGAGAGAAAAUAUAUAAUAUUCGAAAGCAAGCUGAAAGAACUGUUUCGUUCCUGCACCACAUGCUUGAACCCAUGUACUACAAGCUUCAGCUGUGUUGGUUCCCUCCUCCGAGUUGAGUCCUGCUGCGUAGAUGGUCAUACGUUUGUUUGGGAGAGCCAGCCAUACAUAUCAAAUAAGCCUGCUGGAAACGUCCUGCUGUCUGCAGCAAUUCUGUUUAGCGGAGCAAGUCCCACUCCAACACUGCGGAUGCUCAAACUGAUAAAUGUCAAGAUCUUCUGUGAUCACACGUUUUUCAACUACCAGCGAGGAUACCUUCUACCAGCAAUAACUGAGGUAUGGACACAGCACCAAGCGGCACUCCUGGUUGAGUUGCAGGGCAAGGAAACCGACUUGGCUGCUGAUGGAAGAUGCGAUUCUCCGGGCCACAACGCAAAGUACCUAUCGUACAGUUUCUAUGAUGGGAAGCUGAACAAGGUUGUCCAUACAGUACAGGUUCAGUCAAAUGAAGUGGCAUCAAGCUACCACAUGGAGCUGGAAGCACUGCAGCGUGGCCUUGAAGAACUGCAUGAUUUCAACGUCGGUGUACGGUCUUUGACAACAGAUCGGCAUCCCAGUGUACGGAAAUACAUGCGUACAUCACACCCAGAGGUUAACCACCAGUUUGAUGUCUGGCACGUUUCCAAAGGCAUUCGAAAGAAGCUGAUGAGUGCCAGCAAAGGAAAAGGUUGCGAAGCACUUGAGCUAUGGUCAAAGCCUGUGGUGAAUCAUCUGUACUACUGUGUCACCCACAGCGAAGGAGAUGCAGAGCGUGUGUUAUCGAUGUGGAAGAGCCUUAACAAUCAUGUGUGCAACAUUCAUGAGGGCCAUGAAGGCCCAUAUCCACGCUGUCUGCACCCUGUCCUGGACGAGAACGACCGACCAUGGCUCAUUCCUGGGUCACAGCCUCAGAAGAAGCUAGCAGAGAUAACCCUGGCAAAAUAUCUGUUGAAGGAUAUUCCAAAGCUUUCUCCUGAUGUUCAGACAUCAAACUUGGAAGCAUUCCACAGCCUUCUCAUCCGGUUUGCUUCCAAGUCUGUUGGGUAUGGCCCCAAAACUAUGAAAUGCAGGACGCAGCUAGCCAUCCUGCAUUUCAAUGAAAACUCCAACAGGGCCCAUGCUUUCACAGAAGAUGGAGAACUGCGCUACCUAAUGAAGCGAUCGAAGGUGUACUCUGGAGAGUAUGUUGCGCUGCCCAUCAAGGAGGAGCCUACCUUCAAUUAUGCUCGCAAGCUUCUGGACAAGGUGGUAGAGCUCUGCCAUAAAUGGCUUACAUUUGAUGACGCAUGGGCUGCAAACCCUCCCGAUGAACUGCCUAGUCUAACGAAGAACGAGCCCCCUGUAGACAAGAGGGCACUUGUAGAGGCCAGGCAACACCGUCUAGAGAUGUCGCUGCUGCCUGUGCAAGGAAGAUUCGCAAAGUACGUAAACCAUCCAGAUGCUGUAUUGUCAGAAGUGCAUAGCACAUAA